UCCUAUUAUAGAUUUUUAAAAAUAAAAAUCUAAGAGGAAUCAUAUUUGAUAUUAUAAAGUGAAUCCAUUUAGAUAAAAGAAAAAAUUGAUGGAUUUAUUUGGGAAAUGACUAAAAUUCAAUAUUUUGUACUUUUCUUGUUUCUAAAUCCAAAGUAUGUAUGUAAAUAGAAAAUGUAAUUUGUUUAAUUCUAUAUCUCUUUGCAAGAAAUGUUAUUCAAACACGUGAAUUGUAUUCUCUACCAAGUGAUGUAUGCAAAGAGUGCGGCGGAUUACCUAUUGUCAUUAGUACAAUAGCUAAAGCAUUAAAAAACAAGAGUCGUCUAUCUGAUUGGAAGUAUGCAUUACAAGAAUUGAGAGCACCUUCACCAGCAAAGUUUACAGGAUUCCUAGAAAAUGAUUACACGAAGAUUGCCUUAAGUUACAAGUAUUUAAGAGAUGAUGAACUUAAGAAAACGUUUUUAAUUUCUAGUCUAAUGAAAAAUAAUACUUCCAUUUCAGACUUGUUCAAACAUGUUGUGUGUCUAGAUAUUCUUGGCGAAGUUAAUUUGACAAUGGAAGACGCACGAGAUAGAUUAGAUAAAUUGGUUGAUGAACUUAAAGAUGCAUGUUUGUUACUUAAUGGGGUCGAAAGCGAACAAUUUGCUAUGCAUGAUCUUGUUCGUGCUAUUGCCACAACAAUUGCAUAUAUGGAUCACCAUGUGUUUACAAUGAGAAAUGAUGUUGAACGUGAUUGGAAGGAUAGAGACAAACUCAAGAAAUGCACAAACAUCUCCUUACUUGGCAACAAUACUAUCAUUAGUUAGCUUUUGCCAAGUAAUUUGGAUUGUCUAGAUCUUGAAUAUUUUUCUGUGUCCAAUAUGCCUAACUCUUCUUUUGAAAUCUUGAAGGACUCCUUCACAAUGUUGUCGAAGCUCAAAGUACUGAAUUUAGUUGAACUACAACAAUUGUCAUUACCAUCAUCAAUUGUUGUUCUGACAAAUCUUCAAACAUUGUGUUUAGAUAAUAGCGAAAUUAAAGAUUUUGCUAUUAUCGGAAAGCUAAAGACACUAAAAGUUCUUAGCUUGCAAGAGUUAGAUAUUGAAGUGUUUCCUCUAGAAUUAGGUCAGUUGACUCAACUAAGGUUGUUAGAUUUAAGUGAUUGUCGGCAACUGAAAGUUAUUACUCCAAAUGUGAUAUCACAAUUAUCCAAAUUGGAAGAAUUUUAUAUAAAGGGAUGUCCCAUUAAAUGGAAGCAUGAAGUACUCAAGGAAUUGAAGCUCUUGUCCAACCUCACUAGUUUAGAAUUGGAUAUUGAAGAUAACAAUGUGUUGCCUAAAGAUUUCAUUUCCAAAGAGCUUAGAAGGUACAAAAUAACAAUAGGAUAUGAGUAUUACGAAGAUCCAAGAAGUAAAUACCUAAGGAUUUUGGAAUUUGCAUGUAAUUCUCCCAUCUCUCAAGAAGAAUUAUAUGGAAUCAAUAAUGUUGAAGUCUUACGCAUAGUCAAAUCUUCAAAUGACGAGGAGGAUCUUGAUGAUAAGCAAAUGCUGCCAUUAUUUAAUGAGAAGGUUAUUUUCACCAAUUUGAUGGUCUUGAAAUUGGUCAAUAUUAGUUUUGGAAGGAUUUGGGAGAGUCAACUUUCAAUUUUUUCUUAUCAAAAUUUGACACAGAUGAUGUUGGUGAAAUGUGAUAAAAUAAAACAUGUAUUUCCAUUUUCCAUAGCUAAAAGCCUCGAGCAACUCCAAUAUCUUAUGAUAAAAGAUUGUAAGGUUUUAGAGAAGAUUGUUGAAAAAGAAGUAGCAGAAGUUGUUAAUUUUAUCUUUCCACGAAUAACUAAAUUGGAGCUUAUAGAUUUACCAAAACUUACCAUUUUCUACAAAGGAAUAGAUGCUUUAGAAUUGCCAAUAUUGAAAACACUGAAGAUAGUAAGGUGUCCAAACUUCACUUUAAGAUGUCAAAGUUUCCAAGAUAAUAAUGAGGACGGUGAAAUUCAAGAUUCAGAGUCAAAAUCCAUCUUCUUUGGGCAAAAGGUUAUUUUUACUAAUUUGAUGGUCUUGGAGUUGGUCAAUAUUAGUUUUGGGAAGAUUUGGGAGAGUCAACUUUCGACUUUUUCUUAUCAAAAUUUGACACAAUUGAUUUUGGAGGGAUGUGAUAAAAUAAAAUAUGCGUUUCCACUUUUUAUAGCCAAAAGCCUCCAGCAACUCCAAUGCCUUAAGAUAGUGGAUUGUGAGAUUUUAGAGAAGAUUGUUGAAGAAGAAGAGGGAGCAAAAAUGGUUAAAUCUAUCUUCCCACAAUUAACUGAAUUGAAGCUUAUACAUUUACCAAAACUUACUGCUUUCUAUCUAGAAGUAGAUGCUUUGGAAUUGCCAAUGUUAAAAACAUUGGAGAUAUCAAAUUGUCCAAACUUCACUUCAACAUAUCAAGGCUUCCAAGAUAAUAAUAAGGACGGUGAAGUUCAAGUUUCUGAAUCAAAAUCCGUUUGCUUUGAGCAUAAGAUCAAUUCUGAUUUGAAGGUAUUUAAAUUUGAGGAUGAUUUGAGAAGUAUUACUUGGGAGAGUCAAUCUAAAACUCUUAAGACUUGCAAUGGAAAAUUUUCAGUGAAACUCCUUCAGAAAUUUUACAAUUUGAAAGUGCUUAAAGUAUCUCACAGCCUAUCCAGAGAAAUUAAAAGCCCAUUUGAUCUUCCGUAUCUUGAAGUUGUAGAUAUAGAUCGUUGUUAUAGAUUGAUAAGUCUACCGACAUUCUCAACUUAUUUUCCAAAUCUCAAAGUUCUGCAGUUAAGUUAUUGCCACGGGUUGAUAAAGAGGAUAAUAACACUUUCAAUGGCUAAAAGUUUGGUGCAUUUGAGAGAAAUGAGUAUGUACUGGUGUAAGUUGCUAACUAAUGUAGUAGAAGAAGAUGAGGCUGAUGCAACAAUAACUGACAUUGGUUUUCACAAUUUGAAAAAGUUGUCAUUUAAAAAUUUAGACUGUCUUACAUGCUUUUGUUCUGGGAAUUACUCUUUUAAUUUUCCAUCUUUGGAAGAGUUAAUUAUAGAAGGAUGCCCCCACAUGAAGACUUUCUGUCCGGGAAUCUUAAGCAUUCCAAGGUUACACAAUGUCAAUUAUGAGAAUGAGCUAGUAGAGAUUGGGGAAAAUGACUUGAAUACAAGUAUACAACAAGCACACAAAAAAAGGGUUAACUCCGAUUUGAGUAAAUUAUCAUUAAGUGGAAGAGAUAUCAUGUCAAUUUGGCAAGGAGAGUUCAAAGAGAACUUUGACAAAGCAAAAACGGUUGAAUUGAUUAAGGAUGAAUAUGCACACAUUCCAAUUCAUAUCAUUGUAAAGUUUAUCAAUCUUGAAAACUUCAUUUUGAAAGUGAGUUCAUACGAAGAGAUAUUCUCAUGUGGAGAAAAUGAGGAACAUGUUGGAGCACUUGCAAAAUUGAAAACGCUAAAAUUGCAAGGACUUUUUAAUUUAAAGUGCAUUUGUAAAGAAGACUUUUGGUUCAAAACAAUUCUUCAAAAUCUUCAUUCUUUAGAGGUAAAAUAUUGUCACAAUUUGAUGACUCUACUACCACCUUCAUCAUCUUUAGAAAAUCUGUGCUCUUUGGAGGUAAGUCAUUGUGAUAGAAUGCAAAACUUAAUGACAUUAUCAAUAGCCAAAAGUCUGGUGCGUCUAGAAGGGUUGACAAUAUAUAAAUGUGAUAUGAUGAUAGAAGUAUUAGCAAAUGAUGGAGAUAUAGAGAAAGAUGAAAUUGUUUUUAAGAAAUUGAAGGGGUUGUCAUUGUUUGAUUUAGAAAGUCUCACACGCUUUGGUUUAGGGAAAUACACCUUAAAAUUUCCAUUUUUAAAAUCAUUAUUUGUGAGUAAAUGCUCCAAGAUGAAGACUUUCUUUGAUGGAGACUUAAUCCUGCCAAGGUUACGGAGGGUGAAUGAGAAAGAUUGUUCAAGUGAUCUUAAUUGGGUCACACAACGAUUACAAAAUGAUUGUUCAAAGUUAUGGGAAAGAUUUCCAUGAUAGCAAAGUGCAAAAUCAAAUGAUGAGAUUGUCAAGUUAUUCCUCAAUCUGUUUGACAUGUUGGCGAAAUUGGUGCUAAAUGACUUUCAAUACAUUGGGAGCCGAUCUAAAGUUGAAAUUGAUAUCGUUUUUGUUAGAUUCUAGUUGCUAGGUGGACUCAAUGUGAUUUCAGGAAUUUUCAUUGAGGAUUUAUGUAAUGUUGUUGUAGUUUUGAAACAUGAUUUACUUGAAAUAUUGUUUGAAAAUGUGAUUUCAUGUUUUGUUGCUAGAUGAUUGCAGGUUUAUGAGAAAUGUAGUAUUUAAUUUAGGGAAGGUCUAUCAAAGAUUAUAAAGUGCAAAUACAUUGAAUUGAAUGGCUCAUGAAUAUAUUUAUCUGGUUAGCAUUGUAUUGUACUUCAACUUGAGCAGGUAUAAUUUGAUACGGAUUAAGCUGUAUAUAUUUUUAGUAAUUUGCUUUUGAAAUUGAUGAUCAUAAUCAGAAAAUGUAGCUGGUGGUUUAAAUGAUUGGAUCAUCUGAAUCUGUCUUUCUCUUGUUGUCUGGGUCCUUUUUGAAGCCUUUUGUUUUUCGGUUGUUCUUCAUUUGAAGCCUCACAUCCUUCCUCAAGUAUAGAAGCCACCCAUCUGAUAUAGAGCUAUUUAAAUGGGAAUUCUCCUUCCUCAAGUAUAAAAGCCACCCAUCUGAUUGCAUCAAUUUCAGCACUCCAGCCCUUCUCCGGACAAAUUUUUGGGCUGACAUUUUAGUUUCAAAGUAAUGUGUUGUUCUUUGUGGUUACAGGUAGUUCUAAGCCCUCCGGUGGAACUUUCAGAAUGAAGCCUCUGCAUAGAUUGUGAGGCAUUGCCUCAUGUUCCUUCUGUUUAAAUUGUUCUAAUGGACUGCAGGUGUGACUAGAAAGCUUGUCAAUAAGAGAAUGUGAAAUGAUGAGGGAGAUACAGAGAAAGGUGAAAUUGCUUUCUUUAGACAAGGCUUAAGCAUGCAAAGUUUAAUAGAGGUGAACUGGAAAUAUUGCUGGAAGUCAUACAACCAUUACAAAAUGAAUUUUCAGUGCUGUGUGAAAGAUUUGCAGAAUAAAAAGGGUGAGUGAGAUAGUAAACUGAAAUGUCCAUCAACAUGCAGCAAAAUCAUCUGGUGAGUGAGUGAUGUUAGAUGAGUUGACAUUUCUAUAAGUUGCCUUGAAAAAUUCAGUUGAUUAGAUAGAUUUCAGGGUAUAUGUUUUAAGAAAUUAUAAGGAUAAAUAUGAUAUUAAUUAAAAAAUUAAUGGGACUCUAGGAAUAUUAUCUCAUAAAAUAGCAAAACUUAGUAUGGACUGUAAUGGUAGAUCUUGAUUGAGGCUAUCAGGAGAUGGAGAUGAAGUGAGGCUUUAUUUUAGACGAUCAAAGGAAGAGGAAGCUAAUUAAGGAUGUGCUCUCCUGGUAAUUUGCCAGAAAUCGGCUGGAAAUGGAAGAGAAGGCUCUGCUUUCAGAGGCAAAAUUUUUCUAAUUAUGAGCCUUUACAAUAAGACAAACUCAAAAACAAAAUUUAAGAGCAAAAACAAUACAUGAGAGUAACAUUCUUUGUAAAAUAUCUAGUUCUUCAUGCCU